AUGAGGGUCCUCCGCCUGGCCGCAAGCGCCUUAUGUCUUGCCUCCUCCAUCUAUGGUCAGAUCGUGAGCCAUACACCCUCAGAGGGUAAGGGAGUGUCCUACAGCGUUAAUAUCCCGGAACACACUGCCUCCAACGGGUCUGGCCCGAUGUACCUGCAACUGAAGGCGCCUGCCGACUUGAAAUGGUUUGCUUUGGGCCAAGGAGUCCAAAUGACGGAUGGAAACCUUUUCGUCGUCUACGCCGGGCCUGAUGGAAAUGUCACUUUGUCCCCUCGCAGGGCAACCGGUCCUAUCGAGCCCCUCUACAAUUCCAGCAUCCACGCUACUCUUCUCGAGGGCUCCGGUAUCCGCCACGGACUUAUGAUCGCCAACAUUCGCUGUGAUAACUGCAUGACUCUGAAUGACGGAACAAGCAUCAUGGGUAACUCGAACUUGUCUUCCUGGAUCUGGGCGAUGACUGGAGGUGGACCCAUGAACUCGGCCAAUGUCUCUGCGCAGAUAUACAAACAUGACUGGCAUGGCAUCUUCACUCUGGAUCUCAGUCAUGGCAUCGGAGCCAACUCGCCCAAUCCAUUUUUCUUAUCAUCCCACGACAUCAUGGAUUUUACCCCCUUCUCCGUCCAGCAACAAGUCAGCGACACCAUCCUUCACAGGAAACGGAUCGCCCAUGGCGUCAUGACCUCUGUCGCUUUUGUUCUCCUCUUUCCCAAUUUCGGCCUCACGCUGCACAUCUUUCCCUCUCGCUAUACUGUCGCGUGGAUUCAUGCGCCUCUCCAGAUCUUUGCCGUGCUACUCGCCUUGGCUGGGUUUGCGGUUGGCGUCUCAGCGGCGAUCGACCUUCGCGAGGAGGCAGGUUAUCACCCGAUUCUUGGCUACGUGGCAAUGGCUGGUGUCGUCCUCGUGCAGCCGGUGCUGGGCAUUGUUCAACAUGUGCGUUUUCGACGGACUGGUAAGAAGACGGCGUAUGGCGUGGCACACCGCUGGCUUGGACGAUUCCUCUCCGUCCUGGGCAUUGUCAAUGGGGGCAUAGGUUUCCACUAUGCAGCUUCCAUGAAUCCGGAUAUUCCCCCUGCGUCGCCCAUUGCGUACGGCAUCAUUAGCGGCUCCAUGGGGGUCAUCUAUAUUCUCGUCAUCUGGUGGCGGCGGUCCAAAACGAAGCGAGAGGCUGCCUUGAAUGUGGAAGCCGCCGAUGAGAAGCUGGCCGCCUCUGCCGCACCCACGAGGAGUAACAGUACUCUAGUCCCAAAAACUCCCCGGUGUCGAUGUCUCUAA